GCAGCUAGGCGACGGCUCCUCCGGCUAGUUGGCUAAAAAAAAGGACAAUAUAGCGAAUUUAACGAGUAUAUUUUGGGUUUCAGAAAGUACAGGUUGGUUGUGUACUUGUUAAUCCACUUGGUAUAGUUUACAUUUAGUCAAAGAUGUCGUUGUUUGGUAAGUUAUUCGGCAGCGGAGGGAAGGGUGGGAAAUCGCCGACACCCCAGGAGGCUAUCCAGAGACUCAGAGAGACCGAGGAGAUGUUGGCCAAAAAACAAGACUUCCUAGAAAAGAAGAUAGACCACGAGUUAAUGACUGCGAAGAAGAACGGCACGAAAAACAAACGAGCGGCUCUUCAGGCCUUGAAGAGGAAAAAGCGUUACGAGCAGCAGCUGACUCAGAUUGACGGGACGCUGUCCACCAUCGAGUUCCAGCGGGAGGCGCUAGAGAACGCCAACACCAACACAGAAGUGCUCAAGAACAUGGGCAUGGCUGCUAAAGCAAUGAAGGCUGCACACGAAAACAUGGACAUCGACAAAGUAGACGACCUGAUGGCAGAAAUCAACGAACAACAAGAAGUGGCUCAGGAAAUCUCAGAUGUCAUUUCCAGACCGAUUGGUUUUGGACAAGACUACGACGAGGAUGAGCUCAUGGCCGAGCUGGAAGAGCUGGAACAGGAAGAGCUGGACAAAAAUCUCCUGGGAAUCGAAGGAACAGAGGACGUCCCUCUACCCAGCGUACCAUCUACAUCACUACCAUCUAGACCAGACAAGAAGAAGGCGGAAGAAGACGAGGACGACAUGGCAGAACUGGAGGCCUGGGCAGCCCAGUAAGCUAGCUUGCCCGGCUAGCUAGUGCCCCUCCCCUGUCUGUCUCUCUGAUGCCAGACUGGUCCCAGACAUCUGGA